ACCCGGAAGUACGCUGAGCCGCUGAUCGGAUCAGACUGUCGGCAGGUUCUUCUUCAGCUCCACUGAGGAUGCUGCUGUUUGUCUCCUUAUAGGGCUCUACAUCUGAGAUGGCCGACCUCUGGCAGAACGCCAUGGAUCAUGCUGUCGCCCUCGCUAGGAGAGCUGGAGAGGUGGUGCGUGAGGCUCUGCAGGACGACAGGAAGGUGAUGACAAAGAGUUGUUCAGUUGAUCUCGUGACGCAAACCGACCAGAAGGUGGAGCAACUCAUCAUCCAAUCAGUGAAGGAGAAAUUCCCUACUCACAGCUUCAUAGGGGAGGAGUCUGUAGCUGCAGGUGAAGCUUGUGUCCUCACUGAUUGUCCCACCUGGAUCGUGGACCCAAUCGAUGGAACGACAAACUUUGUUCAUGCAUUUCCCUUUGUUGCGGUUUCCAUUGGGUUUUCUGUCAACAGACAGAUGGAGUUUGCUGUGGUCUACAGUUGUUUGGAAGAUAAGAUGUACACGGCGAGAAGGGGGAAGGGAGCCUUUUGUAAUGGAGAGCCACUGCAGGUUUCUGGUCAGGAAGACAUUAAACAGUCGAUCAUCAGCACAGAGUUCGGAUCCAGCAGAGACCCUGAAGCUGUAGAGAAGAUCUUCUUGAGCCUGAGGAGUAUUCUCUGCAUCCCUGUACACGGGGUGCGGGGUGCAGGGACCGCAGCCAUCAACAUGUGUCAUGUGGCCUCAGGCUGUGUUGAGGCCUACUAUGAGGUGGGGAUCCAUGUGUGGGACGUGGCUGCAGGCUCCCUGUUGGUCUCGGAGGCCGGUGGAGUCCUGAUGGACGUGGACGGGGGAGCAGCCGACCUGAUGUCCAGAAGGAUCGUUGCUGCUAACAGCAGAACCAUUGCAGAGAGGCUUGUCUCAGAGAUCCACAGCUUCAGCCCCCUCAGGGACGACGCCACGCCGUGAAGACUUGCAGUGCAUUAGGGGCCCAACUACACAUUUGUGUGUGAGACUGCUGUUAAAUUGGUUCACUUCGUGGUAAAUAAAGUUUGUCAUGAAGUGUG